AUGCAGCAGGAUGAGUCAGCUGCAUCGCACAGGUUCGAGCCUAUAGGAGGGCGACGUUUGGAACGCGCGGGAGACGUUAACUAUUCUCACUCGGACCGCGACGCUAGCGCUCACCAUGCUCGCCGUUCGGACCGACUUGACGUCGACCAGGAAGGAGGCGAGAAUGCACCCGCCCUAGACACUCGCCAGUUGCGCAGGAAAGCUGCCAGGAAGAGCAGAUGGGCAGACGCUGAAGAAGAUGAAGUUGUAGUGGAAAAGAGCAGAGGUGCUGGCCGCAAAGCUCAACGUGCUGGCAGACAGGAGUAUGACGAAGACGAGGACGAGGAAGCUGAAGCUCGUGAGAGGUUUCGGGCCCGCAAGGCAGCUCGUCAAGCCGAGAAAGAGGCAAGAGAAGAAGAACGACGUAGGAGUGCUCGUCGCGAACGUGAAGUCAAGAAAGCCGAGGACGCCACGCCCAUUGCCAUACCUGAAUUCGUCAGUGUUCAGCAGCUCUCGCAACUGCUGGGAGUCCGCUACGAGCAGUUCAUUGAAAGUCUGCAAGAUCUUGGCUAUGAUGAUGUUUUUCCAGGCAUGACGCUGAAUUCCGAGACCAGUGGUAUGAUUGCCAUGGAGUACAACUUUGACCCCACCAUCGACACUGGCGUGCGCGAGGAAGAGGAGCGCGAUCUCAAGCCCAGACCCGAGCUUGAAGAUCAGCAGUUUCUGCCAACCCGACCUCCUGUUGUGACCAUUAUGGGUCACGUCGAUCACGGCAAAACUACCAUCCUGGACUAUCUCCGCAAGUCAUCAGUUGCAGCAGGAGAAGCUGGCGGCAUCACUCAGCACAUUGGUGCCUUUAGCGUUCCGAUGGCAAGCAGCGGCACGACGAUCACUUUCCUUGACACACCUGGACACGCAGCUUUCUUGGCCAUGCGACAACGCGGUGCAAAUGUGACAGACAUUGUCAUUUUGGUCGUAGCAGCCGACGAUAGUGUCAAGCCACAGACUCUGGAAGCCAUCAAGCACGCCAAAGCUGCCGGAGUGCCUAUGAUUGUCGCCAUCAACAAGAUCGACAAAGAGGAAGCUGAUAUCGAGCGCGUCAAGCAAGACCUUGCUCGUCAUGGUGUCGAGAUUGAAGACUAUGGUGGUGAAACUCAAAUCGUCCCUGUUUCUGGCAAGACUGGCAAAGGAAUGGACGAACUUGAAGAAACCGUGGUCGCGCUGUCCGAGAUUCUCGACCGCCGCGCAGAAAUAGAUGGGCCUGUGGAAGGAUGGGUCCUCGAAGCCACUACCAAGGAGCGUGGACGCGUCGCCACAGUGCUUGUUCGUCGCGGGACUCUCAAACCAGGCGCGGUCAUCGUCGCCGGUAAGACAUGGGCGCGCGUCCGCACCUUGCGCAACGAAGGCGGCCGUGAGUUGAGUAAAGUAGGCCCUGGCAUGCCUAUCGAAGUCGAUGGCUGGCGAGAUCAGCCCAUGGCCGGUGAUGAAGUCCUUGAGGCCCCUACUGAGCAAAAGGCCACUUCCGUGACCGAAUUCAGACAAGAGCUCGACGAAAGGCAAAGGGCUGCAGCUGAUAUGGAAGCUAUCAAUGAGUCCCGACGAAGAGCAUCUGAACGCCAGCGAAAAGAACGCGAAGCCGCUGAAGCCAUGAAACAAGCCCAACGAACUGCAAAUGCUGAAGGUGGCACGGCAGAUGUGUCCAUCAAACCAGACAAUCUCGAUGCUCCUCAACAAGAACAAACGACAGGACAGAUGGACGUCCCUUUCAUCAUCAAAGCCGACGUUUCCGGUUCCGCAGAGGCUGUCUCGACGUACAUCUUGUCCGUCUCCAAUCCUCUCAUCGCUCCCUCUAUCCUCCUCUCCCAAGUAGGCCCCAUCCACGAAAGCGAUAUCGAACUCGCCGAUGCUGCCGGGGCUCACAUCAUCGCUUUCAACUUACCUCCUGAUCCCCAGAUGCAAGGACAAGCUGAAGCACGGGGCAUCAAGAUCCUCGAGAACAAUAUCAUCUAUCGAGUCCUGGAUGACGUAAAGGCUGUGCUAGAAGAGAAACUCCCCCCGAUUGUCAGCCAACGCGUCUUAGGCGAAGCCGAAGUCAGCGCAGCAUUCGAGAUCAGCCUGGGAGGACGCAAGAAGAUGAUGAUUGCCGGCUGCAAAGUGAGAAACGGUACGGUUGGUAAGGGGUCCCGAGUGAGGAUCAUGAGGGGAAGCGAGAAGAUUUAUGAUGGUUCCAUCACGUCUCUCAAAAACGUCAAGAAAGACGUUACGGAGAUGCGCAAGGGCACGGAAUGUGGAAUAGGAUUUGAUGGUUGGGAAGGGUUUGAAGUGGGAGAUCAGGUCCAGACGUAUGAAGUAAUCAGUGAGAAGAGGAAGUUGUAA